AUGUCAAAUAACAACUCUGAACCCCUGAGCGACACUAAGAAGGAAUCGCUCAAGAAGAACUUGAAGAGAAAAGUCAGAGAAGGGAGCAGCAACACACAGUCCAAUAUUUGCGGUACAACAGUGGAGGAUGUGAGCAAGAGGACUGGAAAGAGGAAGGCUGCCGCUGAUGAAGAAGAACCCUGCGCAAAGAGAAGGAAGGGCCAGCCAACCAUGACGGAUUUGAUAGAUUCCCGAAGAGCUGAAUUUGAGGCCAAAUACCAGCAGGAGAAUCAUCUCGGUGAAGGAGGCUGUGGAUGUGUGUUUGCUGGCUACCGCAAAGCAGAUCAUUUACCUGUUGCCAUCAAACACAUAGCAAAAGACAAAGUGUUGUGCAAAGAGAGACGAAAUGGGAAAGAACUCUCAGCUGAGGUGGCUGUGAUGUUAAAACUCCAAGCUGGAAGAACUGGAUUAAUGGAGGAAUCAGCACCCGUGUCACUCCUGGACUGGUAUGAUCUGGACCAGGAGCUGAUCCUGGUGCUGGAAAGACCAAUGCCAUGUAUGGACCUUUUAAAUUACAUCAGGACAAACAGAGGCCGCUUACAGGAGGACAAGGCAAAGAUCAUACUUAAACAGUUGGUUGAUGUAGCAAAUGAACUCGAGGAUAAGCGCAUCUUUCAUCGGGAUAUCAAACCGGAAAACAUCCUGAUUGAGACCAGCUCAGAUGUGCCGCGUGUUCGUGUCAUUGACUUUGGACUGAGCUGUUUCUUCAAGAAAACAUCAGUUUACCGUGUCUUCUGUGGUACCCCCCAACACGUCCCUCCGGAGUGGUACAGUCAUUAUACCUACAGGCCCGGCCCCACCACAGUGUGGCAGAUGGGAGUGGUCUUAUAUGAGCUGCUCCACAGAACAGUCCGAUUUGAUACCACAAGUUUCCUCAGACAUGAGCUGCCAAUCAGCGAUGAGCUGUCCAGAGAUUGCCAGGAUUUCUUACAGAAGUGUUUAAACACAUCCUACAUGCUGCGACCUACCCUGAAGGAGCUCCAGCUUCACCCAUGGCUCAGAUAAACCAACACUACACUCACACACGAGUUCAUGCCAAUACAAUACAUUCACAAUACAAGAACUAAUUCUGUUCUAGUUUUUCUUCACCAGGACCGUCAGGUUUUCUCCGGGUGCUCCGGUUAGACCAACUACAGUUCCUUUAGGCCCCCCGGCCGUCCGCGGAGAGGAGGAUCUCUCUUUGAAUUGCCUUUCCCGAGGUUUCUUCCCAUUUUUCAUCUGGCCUCAAGGUUUUGGGGAGUUUUUCCUCGUCUUCUUAGAGAGCUUGGGCCGGGUCAGGAGCUGCUUAUGAUUUGUGCUUAUGGCGAAAGCCAUAUCACAUCAUAAGGAAAAAAAAAUGGAUACUAAUCUAUCAACUGGUCAUUUUGUGAUAAUAUAAAAUAAUAU